GUGCUGCCGUAGAACUCCCACAGUUGAAGCCGAGCGUCUGAACAUGGGUUCUUUAGUGACUCAGCCUCUGGAGCCAAUUAAGGUCGCUGCGCCUCCUAAGGCCACCAGCCCCGUCGAGCCCCCGCCCCUCGCUGCACCUGGAGCACCGACCUCUCCAGCGGAAGCUCCUCUAUUUAAUAACUGCUGGAGCUGUCGCGUGCUUUCAGGGACGGGGCUAAUAGGGGCGGGCGGGUACGUCUACUGGGUGGCGCGGAAGCCCAUGAAGCUGGGAUACCCCCCGGGCCCAGGGACUAUUACGCAGAUGGUCUUCGGCAUCAGCAUUGCUUGUUGGGGUGUAGUCGUCCUUUCAGACCCCAAAGGGAAGGCCUUCCGUGUUGAAUGAAAGUACUACCAGUGAAUUUAUCAUCUGUCCAUGUCCCAGGACACCAGAACAAGCAUGGGACUUAGGGAUAUACUGGACAAAUGGACAUUGACAGACUUUAUUCCUGAGGAUACCACAAGACUGAAGAAGAAAUGAUAAACCAAGUUGGAAAAUGAACUAAACUAUUAUUUUAAAUAGUUCUCUUUACUUUUUCUAUAAUUGGGUCAACGCCUAUUAACAAUCUAACACUGGAUUGGCAUCAUGCAAUGUACAGAAGUACAUAAAACUUUUUAUCUGUG